AUGGCUUCCAACGCCGCAUCCAUGCUCGGGGAGGAGGUGCGGCGGGAGAACAGCCGCACAGUGCGUGCGAGCCUGGCGCAGGUGGUGGAGGUGUCUUUGGCGCGCUGGGCGCGUGUGGUGAUGUGCCUGGCCAUGCUGCUUCUGGCAGGGCUGCUGGUGGUCCUUACCUGGGCGGAGCUUGUCUACUCGGGCCAUGAGGACGACCAGUGUGACCAGCCACUAGCAGCGAUGCUGAGGCUGAUCUUCAUCAUUGUCAUGGUGCAGGCCAUGCAGAAGACCAUCGUGAGGCAUUGCCUGUGCUACGACAUGGCCGAGGACGGCCCCAUGGAGCCCCUCCGCGUGCGGCUCUUCCGGGCGCUGGCGCUGCUGGCAGCGAUGCUGUGGCCCGUCGUGGCAGGCUGGAUGCUGCUGCGGAGCCACAGCUGCAGCGCCGACCUGAAGGCAGCAGUGGCAGUGAUCCUUGGCUACUAUGCAGCUUUAGUGAUUUUGGUGCUGCUGCUGCCCGCAUUUGUGCUUUCUGUGAUGCUGUGCCUCAUCCGCCGGGGCCUGGUGGCGUUGCCCCGCAUGCCUGGCGCGGCCCCUGAGGGCACAUUGGAACAGCUGCCGGUGAUCGACUUCGACGAAGCGAGGUUCAACGAUGCGCCGAGCGGGCUGCCCUCUUCCUGCGCCGUGUGCUUGGACGCCUUCAACGCUCAGAAGGUGAUCGUCCAGACCUCUUGCGGCCACGUUUUCCACCGCAGCUGCCUGGGCGGCUGGUUACAGGUGGCCAGAAGCUGCCCCCUUUGCCGCUCGGAGAUGGCAGGACCAGAAUUGGCGGACUUGGAGAAGCUGCCUGACUCGGAAGCCACGUGGGGGUCGCAGUUCUGCGGCCGCCCCGUUUUUCAGGGUCGGUCUAGCCGUGGAGCGGCCUCCAGAGUGGGUGCGCUGCUCAGCGGCUCAGCCGCUUCCCGCUUCGUUGGGCAGAUCCGUCGCGAGGUGCAUCGCCUGGCCCGGUUCGGGGUGGGCGUGGAGGAGACGCUGCAGGUGAUGUUCGGAGACCAGGGCGUCAUGCCGAGAAAUGCCCUUCCAUCAUCCAUGGCCUCUGUCAGCAUCUCAGGCGAGCCUGAAGAGACGAAAGAGCCUGGACGGACCUGGAAGCGGCCAGAGGCCAUGUGCCACUGA